CUUCCUCUUCGGCUCAUCCACCAUGGCCCUCGACGUCCAACGUAUCGUGGACACGCAACUGGCCAGCGCCGAGCCCGACCCGUCGCCUGAGCUCGUGCAAAGCAUCAAUGCGGGCAACACGAAGCUGCUCGACGUCGUGCGCGCACUCGGCACCUUCCUCGUGUCGGAAACGGACGCGGUGCGCGCCCGCGGCCUCGAGUACCUCUCGAACGUUGUGGCGAGCGUGGACCGCGCGCAGUUUAACCGCCCUGCGGCCGCGACGCUGCGCGCCUUCUUCCUCUCCAAGCUCGACGACGGCGGCGCGCUCCCGCACGCGCUCAAGGCGCUGGGCGUGCUUGUGAAGCUCACGAGCUUCGGCGACGACGAAGCUGAGGAAGUGUAUCGCGCCCUCGUGGAGAACGUCAACAUGCGCGCAUAUCCCCAGACCGUCCGGUACCAGGUGUACCUCCUCUUCGAUGCGUUGCUCGCGGGGCAUAAGCAUGCUUUCAAGAGCAUGGGACCGGAGUUCAUCUCGAGCUACUGCAAGAUGGUGGACGGCGAGAAGGACCCGCGUAAUCUCAUGCUUCUUUUCCAGCUCGAUGCGGUCAUCUUGCGCGACUUCAACGUCGCCCCGCAGAUUGAGGAAAUGUUCGACGUCACCUUCUGCUACUUCCCCAUCACGUUCCGGCCACCGCCGAACGACCCAUAUCGCAUCUCGGCCGACGACCUCAAGGUCGCGCUGCGCGGCGUGCUGGCGGCCACGCCGGCGUUCGCGCCCGUUGCUCUCCCCCUCUUUCUUGAGAAGUUCCAGACCUCGUCGGGGCAGACCAUGAAAGACCUUUUGCAGACAAUUGCGGCGUGCUUCCCGGUGUACGGGGCGGAGGCUGUCGGAGAGCGUGGCGAGGAGUUCUGGGACCUGAUCAAGACGGAGAUUCUUUACUCUUCAGACAAGUCGGUUGAGAUCGCGGCGCUCGGCGCGCUUGAAUCGCUUAUGCGUACCCUCUACCCCACAAUGGAUGACAAGCCGGUUGGCCUCGGACAGACUAUCGUCACCCAGUGCGUCGAAGGUCUGCAGGACCCAGGCAAGAACUCCUUCCCGGGCUGGGCAAAGUGUAUCGCUGCCAUGCUGCGCGGCUCCCCAUCUGCAGGCGCGUUUGCUAUCUCGCAGACUUUCCCUCCCUUGUUCAAGCUUUUCGACCAGCCCAAGGUUGCGGGUCACCGCGCUCCUAUCCUUCACGCCAUUUCGUCCGUCCUCCUGGCCGCUCGUUCCGUUUACGCGGUCUCAGGUGCCAUUCGCCGAGAGACCGACGAGCGCAGCCUUGAGCCGUAUCGCGAAGCACUGCUCGACGUGCUCCGCGAGGGAUUGCAGACCAUCGAUCUCAAGAUCCCAGCGAUAAAGGGCAGCGUCGCCCUUGCGGAGAUCCCCGGCUUCUGGAGUCGCCUGGAGGUCGAAAAAGUCGUGCGAGGCAUGGAUGAGCUUCUCAUCAAUGAUAAGGACGAAGAGGUCCGUUCUGCUGUUCUAAGUGGCUUGCGCACAAUUGUCGGCGUGCACGCGGAAGUGGUCCAGUCUCUGACGCUUCCCAUCCUAUUCCACGCUCUGCCAGACGCGGGACCAGCGCCUGACGACUCUGAUCUCCGUGAGACGUACCGCAGCGUCCUCCGCUCUUUGACCGAGCUGUGCACAAUGCCAGCUCUUUUCGAGACUCUCACCAUCCGCAUCACAACCAAACUGGAUCUCUUGUCGUCCUCUGAGCCCUCCUCGACCACAUUCGGACCAAGUAAGCGCGAGUGUGAUGUUGCCUACGCCUGGGACCUUUUGCACACGCUUGAGACGGUGAUCAACAAGAAGAUCGAAGAAAAGCACGCGGACAUUGCGCGGCACUACAAUCAGGUUGUGCCUCGUCUGUGCUCGCUCGCCAUUAAGGCCGCGUAUGCUGACGGGGACCAAGAGACUCUGUUCCGCGACAGGAGACUUUUGGUUGUCGUUGGAUCCAUCACGGAGACGCUGUUCUGGGAGCUGAGUCCUGAGAAGCAGAGCCCAGCAUUCCAGGCAGCUUAUGCUGCCUUCGAGGGCGGUGACCUCGGCGCUGUCAUGCUGAACCCUAAGGAGGCGCCGGUCUCGAAAGGCUCGAUUAUCGCCAGCGGUGCAGACGCCCCGCGAGUGGAGCAGCAAAACCUCGUUGCUAUCUACUCGGCUCUUGUCCGUGGCCUCAAAUCCGAGACGCCUGUGGCAUGGCCCGAACCAACGUCGGCAACCCACUUCUGGUCGCGCAAGCUUGCGUGGAUCUACACAACGGCUGUCGACGACUGGCAGCGUGGUAUGAUGGCUAGCUUGGUUGCGGCAUUCAUCAACAAGCGUCGCUCAGAGGUUGACACCUUGUGGCUUACUCAGGAGUUGUCGAACGUCUGGCGCGAGGAAGUCCUGGGUGACAAGCAUGGCAAGCGUGCAGCAGCGAUUUUGUCGUAUUUCACUGCUGUCAAGGCACUGUCGCUCCUGCGCGAUGAGCUGGCGUACACGAUGAUGGAAGAUCCGCUCGCCGCACUCGCGCUUACUGAUGAGUCAGAGGUCGUGGGCCUCGUAGCGCCCGCGUUUGGUAUUCUCGCCGAAGGAAAGAAGGGCCGCGGCGCGCAUUUGACGGCCAAGCUGCUGUGGGCUCAACGGCUGUGGAACUUCCUACUCCCCAAGCUUGUGGCUGGCGAGCAGGGCGCGGAAGCUAAUACGCGCCGCUCGUACCUCACCGCUUUCGCGUCCCUCCUACCUCUGGUGCCGUCGUCGCUACUCCUAACGGAUCUCCCGACGAUCCUUCCUCUUCUCCUCCGUGCCCUCUCGCUGCCAAGUCCAGCGCAGCGCACAAAUGUGAUCACUACGCUUGGCUCCAUUCUCGAAACGGCAAACUCCUCCACCGCCACAGAUCAGCUUUUGCAUGCGCAGGCGGAGUCGAUUCUAGAGGGUGUGCUACAUUCCAUUGCUCGCCGGGAGGGCGAGGAAUCGUCAGGGAAACUUCGCAUCUCUGCGCUGACAACCCUCGGCGUAUUCCCAAGUUCAAUCAGGUACGAGACGCUGCACGGCUCCAAGUCUCGAGUGAUCAAGGACCUCGCAGUUGCGUUGGACGACCCGCUUCGUGCGGUUCGUCGAGAGGCUGUGGACACACGAGACAAGUGGUAUCAGUAUGGCAAGUAGACGGCGCAGACGGGCAAGGAGAUCUGUUGCGGGAGCCAGAAGUGGUCUGUCCUCUACAGAGUCCGGCUUGUUCAGAACGCCUUAGAUGAGAUUGCGUGCGGGAUUGGUUGAGACUGUGGAGAUAGCGG